GGAAGUCAUUGCGCGGGACUUCGAAUCUUCAGAAGCUCUUAGUACUUCAUUUCUCUUCUUCCAGCAGCAUGGUUCUAGAUGCUGAAAAAGUCAAGGGGAGGUUGUUUCCAAAAUGGGACGUGAUCAAGAUUGCCACUAUUGCUGUUGCUGUAGUUCAAACUAUUAGGAAAACUUACUUCAAUGUCGAUGAAGGCCAUAGAGCCCUGAAAUUCAAUCGCAUCACUGGGACAAAGCAGAAAGUUUAUGCAGAAGGAACGCAUUUUACCUUUCCCUAUCUUGAAUGGCCUAUUACCUUCGACGUCCGUGCACGCCCUCAUCUUUUUAAGGGCACGGCAGGAACUCAGGAUCUACAAAUGGUUGAAAUCAGUCUUCGAGUUCUUGCACGUCCUGACUUAACUUACUUAGCAUCACUCUACCGCCGUCUUGGGGAAAAGUACGAUGAAGUAGUCUUCCCCUCUAUUGUUCAAGAAACUCUUCGGGGUACUGUAGCAAAGUACAAUGCAAGCCAACUAGUGACACAGAGAGAGACUGUUAGUAAGGACAUUUGCACCCUGUUAGCGGAAAAGGCUUCAUCCUUCUACAUUGAAGUAGAUGAUGUCUCCAUCACAGAUAUUUCCUUUGGUACGGAAUUUAAUGCAGCUAUUGAAGCGAAGCAGAUUGCUGCACAGGAAGUCGAGAGGGCCAUGUAUAUUGUGGAGAAAGCUGAGCAAGAGAAGAAGAGUGCUAUUAUCAAAGCUAAGGGGGAAGCUCAAAGUGCUGUGCUGAUAGGAAAAGCAAUUGGUAAUAACCAAUCAUUCAUCUCUUUAAGGAAGAUUGAAGCUUCAAAGGAAAUUGCGGAAAGUGUGGCCAAGUCUCAGAACCGAGUAAUACUGAACGCGGAUGAUCUGAUGCUCGACGUUAAGGGUAUGUGAGCCUUCAGACACCUCUUCU